AUGGCAAAAUUAGUUCACAACGUGCAGAAAAAGCAGCACAAGGAGAGAUCUCAAACUCUGGGUAGAGCCAAGUAUGGUCUUCUAGAAAAGAAGAAGGACUACAAGCUUCGUGCUGAUGACUUUCACAAAAAACAAGCGGCCUUGAAGGUUUUGCGUGAGAAGGCAGCUCAAUAUAACCCAGAUGAGUACUAUCAUGCCAUGACUAGAAGAAAAACUGAUGAGAACGGUAUCAUCAUUACUGAGAGAGGUAAUGAGAGCCUUUCUGUUGCACAAAUGAAACUCUUAAAGUCACAAGAUGUAAACUAUGUGCGUACAAUGCGUCUUCAUGAGAAACAAAAGGCCGAUAGAUUGAGAAAACAAUUGGACUUCAAAUCUAGCGGAAAGCAUACCGUCUUUGUAGACCUGGACGAACAGCAGGACCUGUUCAACGCGGCCAAGUACUUCAAUACGGACGAGUCGUUCCUAGAAAGAAAGGAGAACAGAUUGCGCUUGGAUCAGUUGGAGACUAGCGACAAACUCAUCGCACAAGACUUCGAUCCCAAAACCAAGGAUGAGCUCGAGAAAGAGAAAUUGCGUCAAUACAAAUUGUUGAAGGAGCGUUUGACUCGUGAGAAGCAGUUGAGACAGGUCGAAGAAAAAUUGGAUAUGACCAGAGAGGUCAUGAAGAAUGGCGAUAAGAAGAAGAUGGUGGACUCUGAUGGCAAUGUCGUGUUCAAGUGGAAAGCCCAAAGAAAGAGAUAA